AUGUCAAAUUCCAAGAGCGCUUCCAGCAGCGCUGAGAACCCCAACACUCGGUGGCAGUUUAUCGACGCGUCGAAUAACACUCGGAGCAACUUGACGCAGGUAAAGCGUCAUGUUAUGCAAGAGUAUAUGCGCCAGAAAAAGGGUGGCUCUCGCCAAUGUAGCGAAAGUGAAGAAGAGCCCGCCCAUACUUCAAAACGAGGGCGGCCGAAGAAGGUGCGAGCAGCCAAGCGUAGGUCUGCAAGAAAGGCGGAGAAGAAUAGCUCUGUAGAUCACUCGGAGCCGAACGGGCUCCCACCUAAGCAUGCGCAAGAACGUAUCCAGCACAUCUACUGGCACUGCGAAGCCCCGACACCCUCAAAUAAAUUGGAUGUCCUAGCCCUCAUUACAACCCCUCUGCCCCAUCAGACAUCUCCUCUCCUGCCUCAGGGAUUCCAGUUCCCGGUCCAGGAAUUCCUCGACUUCUCUCCAUACAACCCGAACUACACGCCUGACUUGAACAGCCUCGAAUCAUGUUCAUCCACCUCGACUACUUCGUUCGACAUACGAUCCCCGAGGACACUCUUAAGCGCUGCACGGACAGACCCAUUCAACAGUCUUCCAAUGGAACUAGAUCUUGAAGGCCAAAGACUGUUUGACUUCUACGUGAGCGACAUGCCGGCUUGCUCCUAUGGCACGCACUUUCGAUCGAAAAAGGCCCAUAAUUGGUAUACGGCGGUGUUCGUUCCAGAAGCUAUGAAAGGUGCCGUAGCUUUUCAAAACACAAUCCUUGUUCAUGCAGCCAAUACUUGGGCCUGGGUCCGCAAUGAGACUGAGAAUACCAGUAUUCUCCAGCACCGAGACCGAGCUGUGACAAUGCUCCGAGAACAUCUGGGUAAUAACCCUCGAGACAACUCCGACGUCGCAAUUAUCUCCUGCCUGAGCGCCGCCGCCCUAGAGGAUUUUGAUCCUCGACCAGGUCACAAGGAAAUUAGUUGGGUGCAUAUGCGUGCAGCUCGGGAAGAUGAUAAGUCUGAGUGCAUUCCACCGAAGCCUCUUCAAAGCCUCUACUCCAUACCAUCCCCACCGAGCUCGCCAUCAUCCAUCCUCUCAGAUAUCACGACAUGCGCAGAACCUACUCCAACACUCCACGAACCGUCACCCAUCGAUGAACUCAAACUUCAAUGCGAAGAAUUUCUCGACUUUGUGCGCCGCUGCGAGCAACUAUCCCUCUACCAGAAAGACAAUCCAGAUUCCUGCGGGCUGGCCCGACACACAGCUGUACAGGAUACAUCUCUCUUAUCUCAGAUUCUAGCCGCACCUCCAGGCGCAAGAUUCACCACAUCAGGAGAUCGAAAACAAAUGGUCGCCCGCCUUACCGCCAUGAUGAUGUUGAACGCUGCUCUCUGGGACUACCGCUAUGCUCUAACACACGCGGCUACGUUCCUCAAUACUUUGGAGCAAGCAAUGGUCGAUAGCGAAGUCAGCAUGAGCGGUUCCGUCGAAGCUAUGCUUCAGAUAUUAUUAGCCUGCAACGACGGUUGCACCAAUGACUGGACAAAUAAUUUCGACAACAUUAUUGCACCUCUCGCGGAAGAAGCCCUGAUUUCUCGCAGUAUUCGCCUCUUGCGACAUCUCCAUCUGCACGGCCUUGGUUUGUAG